AUGAAGACGACUAAGAAGAUAAUUGGAAAAAUUGAGAAGAAAAAAUCUCAAAUUAUGGACGAUCAAGUCCAGCUAAUCAAAAUGAUUGAAAAUCUAGAGAGGAGAUUAUCCCAGCUUAAAGGUAGCAACAAAAUGUUGAGAAAUGAGGUGAUGAAUAACCUGACACUAUGUAGAGAGCUUCUGAAACACCAGCAACAACAUCAACAGCAUCAACUGCAACAAUUUCAGCAGCAACAGCAGCAGCAGCAUUACAAUCAUCAGCAGCAGCUUAAAAACCAAAAUGUAGCUCUGCAGAGUAUUAUUCAUAUUGCUGAGAUCGGCGCCAAGAAGCAACAAAAUCCUGACGAUGAUUAUCUGCUACAACCACAUCAGCAGCAGCAGAGGCAACAGCAGCAGCUGCAACAGCUUCAGCAGCAACAACGACAACAUCAACAAAUAGUAUCUACAACUUUCCAGAUACCGUUAACUACAAUUUAUAAAUUUCAAAAUUUUGAGAAAAAUGGCGAUCCAAAUUUUUUAGAUUACUCCAUCUUGUAUGUUCUACCGGAUGAAGACAAAAAACUAGAUGGGACACGCGCACAACAAAAUCAAAAAUUCAAUAAAAAUAUUUCUACAUCUACAACAACAACAACCGCAACAAUAACAGCUACGUCAUCAGCCACGUCCUCAACAACAUCGACAACAAUAACAUCAACAAUAACAACAACAACAUCAUCAACAACAACAUCAUCAGCAACAACAACAUCAACAACAACAACCACAACAACCACAACAACAACUAAUUUGCCGACACCAACAACAGCCGUGGCCGUCCUAGAGAUAUUUUUAACGUUGGAACAACAUCAUCCGCUAGAACUUCACUCACCAAAAUUUAAGACAAUAUACCCCAACGGCAGCAGCAGAAGCGGCGGCAGCAGCAGAAGCGGCGGCAGCAACAGCGGCAGCAGCAGCGGCAGCAACAAUAACAACAACAACAUUGACAACAGUGAUAGCGAUUAUUUUGAUUGGGAACAUGAACUGAAAAAAAUAUUCCACUUCAACGACGAUGAGUUGAUUAGCGGGCAAAAUGGCAGCGACAAAAAUGUCAAUAAUCAUAAUAAUAACAAAAAUAAUAAUAAUAAUAAUAAAAUUAUGAAUAAUAAUAAUAAUAAAAAUAUUAUAAUUACUAAUGGUAGUAGUAGUAGUAGUAGUAGUGAUAAUGAUAGUAUCCUUGAUAAAAUAAUAUACAAGGUGAUAUACAAUGAAAAUGGCAUUCUGAUAGGCAAAGAGAAACACCACGUGACUUUGCACAGCAAUAAUCAUAAUAAUGAUAAUAAUAAUAACAAUAAUCACAAUCAUAAUAAUAAAAAUAACAAUAAAUAUAACAACAACAAUAAUAAUGGUAAAGAUCAUUCUGACAUCAAUUACCAUUAUUACAAUACCGUCAAACAUUCAAAAAACAAUAGCAACAAUAAUAAGGACGUUGGCAACAGUAAUAACGACAGAAGUGUGGUUUAUACCUACAACAACAACAACAACAACAACAACAACAACAACAAUAAUAAUAUUGAUAAUGAUAGUAUUACAGAUUUCCACAGUUUAAAUAAGAGACAUAUGGAGACAUUUAUCAACAAGGAUGAUGAUCGUGCCAAAAGUUAUAACAAUAAUAAUAAUAAUCAUCAUCAUAAUAUUUAUAAAAAUAAUAAUAAUAAUAAUAAUAAUAAUGACUAUGAUAAUGAUAACGGUGAUGACGAUACUAAUAAAGAUACUAGAAGUGACGUGAUAGACGAUGGUAAAAUUUCUAAAGCCGAUGAUAAAUAUUUAAAAAACAAGUGCAACAUGAAUCAACAAAAACAGCAACGACGAAAACAUCAACAACAACAACAACCACAACAUCAACAACUACAACAUCAGCAGCCACAGCCGCAGCCACAGCAGCCACAAAAACGUCACGUUGAUAACGGAUCUCAACUGCCAAUAGAAGAGAGGCGGANACAGUUGCAUAAGCAAAGAAUGCAACAAAGACAAAAGAUCAAACAUUUAGAAAGAGUUCUCAAAAAACAGAGACACGUCAACAACAGCAACAAUACAACGACAACAGCAACAACAACAAAAAUAUCAACAACGACAAAAACAACUUCAACAACAACAACAACCAUACUAUUCGACUAUGUGGACACGCUCUACGACUCAAAAAUGCAAAACCGAAUCGAGAACGAAAGACUGAAACUAAACGAACGAAAGCUGGACGCGCACAACUCGCCUAGUGAGGACAUGUAUGAUCAGAUUGGAGGUGGGUACGUUUUCGGGCUGAAUCACCAUCAUCGGCGAAACAGGAACAAGAAAAGGAUUAGGCUGCCAUUUUCCUAA